AUGUUUCAAAAAAUAAUGUUGGGGCUCCUUAACACCCUUUAUCAUUCCUGCUGGAACAAAGGGCCAAAAAUUGACAUUGUUAUUAUCCUAGGAGGGUGCGAGACUAAAUUUGGAAGCAAGCUAAUAUGGUCAUUCCUCUCCUUAGGACUACCAGUUAUCCAUAUAGAUUUAUUCAGGAACGAAAAUUUUGAUUUGCUACCAGAGUACCAAUUUUAUCCCUUAUGCUCGUUUGAAAAUGCGAGGCAGGAAGCUUUUAUCUUUCAAAAGUUAUAUACAAUAAGAGGAAAAUCUGUCACUUUAAUAAAUAAUUUCCAAUAUGGUAUUAGUCAGUUGUUUUGUUCAAAGACUAAUCAAAAGUUGAUAACUUUGCAACAAUGUACCCUAGUGAAUCUAAUUCUGGUGAUGAAAAUAACAAAAUUUUUCCUCAAGAAAAUUGUUUCAGUCAAGAAUAACUUUUCCAUCGUAAAUAUUUCUCACCAAUUAACAUUAGAGCUUCCUUCUUUGGCAAACAAUUAUAUGUUCAGCAAGGCAGCGUUAAAUCAGUAUGUAGAUAGUCUAUUUUCCGAGUUACAUUCUCUCAAAAGAGGAGACAUGGACGUCAAAUGUUCCAUUCUGUAUCUCCCAAUAAUUCUCGACUUUCAACUCUGGGAAGAGUGGUCGGACCAUAUCAAUGAUGAAAUAAUAAAAUAUGUUAUUCAAGGCAGAACAGGUGUUAUAAAGUUGGAACCUAUAAAAUACGAUUACUGGAAACUCAGAAAUAUACAGAAUAUAAUGCAUCAAAAUAUAUAG